CCGUCGUGACGUCACACCCAAACAAGAGACAGAUUGCUGUGGAUUACUGCCUGGUGGUGCAAACUAACUGGAUUUUCUCUUCAUAGCUAACAUUGAUCGUAAUGUCUCAGGACCCGUGGUUACAGAACUAUGACGCCACCUGUCGCUUGGCACAGGAAACAGCAGAAAACAUUCAUGAGCGCAACAGGCAGCAGAGAACAGGGGGGAACCCUGCAAAGAUCAACAUGACGCUGCGGGCAUCACUCCAGAAGCUCAAACAGAAUAUUUCCCAGCUUAGAGAGGGUUUGUUGCGAGCAUCAUCCAGUCGGCGCUUAAUGCAGCCAGAAGCCGAUAGGAGGCAGAACCUCAUCGACGACCUGCUAACCAGAGAGAAGCAGCUCAAUGCCACCUUCAAGGGAGACUUCAUGGAGCCUGAAUCUUCAAGGUCGACGUUGAUGGGCGCGGGAACGAGCGGCGGCGGCGGCGUUGCGGCGGCCAACCCCUGGCUGGUCAACGAAUCAGAGGAGACCAGAGGGCUGACCUUUGGAGAGAUCAAACAGCAGCAACAACGAAUCAUCGAAGUCCAGGACGAGGGCUUGGAUGCGCUAGCAGCCGUCAUCAGCAGACAGAAGAUCAUGGGCCAGGAGAUUGGCAAUGAGCUGGAAGAACAGAAUGAAAUCAUUGACGACAUCUCGCAUCUUGUGGACAAGACGGACGACAGGAUUCGUAACGAGACACGAAGGGUGAAGCUUGUGGAGACAAAGUCGGCCUCCUGUGGGAUGCUGGUGGUGAUCGUGCUGCUCCUCAUAGCCAUCGUAGUGAUCGCCGCGUGGCCCGUGUAGCUGACGACGACCUGCGCUCAACGACUCCUACGACGACCGUUUGAAACCUUUUUGCAUCUACGGCACACACAUGUAGUCAUAUAAACACUGUCAUCAGAUUCAUAUGGAGACAAAGGCCCAACCAAGCCAAUGUGAAAAGAAGACUUUAAAAAAAAUAAAUAGAAUAUAUACUUGUUCUAUUUAUCAGUUGUUGAAGUGUCUGUCUUAUUAAAUUCGCAAUGUAUCAAACAGUUAAAUUAUUUCGGGGUUUGUAAGAUAUUUCUGUGGCGACUGUUGACCCAGCAGUGGGACGUCCUGCAGGCAGCGGGAGCUUUUCUCUGUCUGCGGAUCCGGGCCCGAGGCUCACACUGACGGACAGUGCAAUCUUUGCAACCUUCACGCUCACUCGUAUGUACCCAUGCAUUACUGUAGCAGCUGUAAUGUUAUCAUUUGUCUUGGGAUUUUAUAACGUUUAUAAAAUAGCUUUCAGCCGAAACAGUCGGCUCGGCUGUGUAGCUAACAUGGCUGCUUUUCCUUGCUUGUACAUCAACCCGCCUUGUCAUUUCUAAUAAAUUGCAUUUCCACUUAAUAGUCCCCAGACUCCUGUCUGUCCGUGUUAAAGCUCAGGGCUCGCUCUGGAGGAUCGCGGUGUUUUGUUACAUGACAUUUAGCUGAACAUACUAGUUCCACACUACCCAUAUUUCCAUUGAGAAAUCUGCAUAAUAUUUUUUCCCACUGUACUUGUGAUAUUAUGAAUAGGCAACUAGUAAAUGGAGGAAAGUCAACUAUGUGCCUUUUGGAAUAACUUAACAUCUCGAUAAAUAAAACGUAAUCAUUCCACUCAACAGAGGCAAAUGUUUUUUUUAAUGUAACAAGAGUUUAUUUCAACUGAAAAUCUGAAUGUAGUUCUACCAGGUUGGUGUGUUCAGUAGUUAUUAUUUCCUUCUUUAGUGGCAACGAUCUAAACAACCACAAACAAGCAAGGAAAAAAAAAAAAAAAAAAAAAAGGUUGAAAAAGACAAUAAAAUCCACA